GGAGACGCCUCGAGGAUGCUGUCAAGGGGCCGCGAGGCGGGCGAUCCCGGGCGCCGCGGGGUUCGCCGCCCGGCGCUGUACGCCACGGAGAACGCCGGGUUCGAAUCCCGACUGCGCCACCGUCUCGCGGAUGACCCGCAGGCGAGCGAUUUCACCAUUUUGGGAAGCAGGCCGAGAUGCGCAUCCCUAUCCUACAGAGAAGCCUGGGGGCUACUGUCGGCGAUUCGCGCGCAGACAGGCGGCUGCAGCGCGGCGCCGCGGGACCGGAGCCCACCACGGGCCUCCGGGAAUGGCCGGGCCUGGGCCGCACGAGCGCCAGAGGCCGCGCCCCGCACCGGGCAUGCGCAGCCCCGCGCGCACCCAGAGGGAGCCGCGGCCGCGGUGGCGCGUCAAGCAGGCCCGCCAGGCUCAGCCUCCCCAUCCGGCCCGGGUCCGCCUCCACUGCCUGCCCGUCAGUCCCAUGCCUCGGCGGACGGCCACCGCUUCCCGGCACUCACCGCUACCAGCACGGCGGACUCCCCGAUGCUCCUUCGCCUCAGGCCCGCCGCCACCGCAGCCUCCGCCUCAGCCCACCUGCCCGCCGUAGGACAAAGGCGCCACCAACCGACCGGCGCGGGCACGAGGCAAUGGCGGUUGGGCGGAGAGUGGGGGCCAGAGGGCGCGCACGCAGCGACAGGCGCGGCAAUGUCGCAAAAGCGCGCGGGUUUACGCUAAUGAAAAUAGGAUUCCAUCGAGUCUCCUAUCUAUCUACUCCAGGAUUUCUGUAAGGAUCAAAUGAGAUGAGGCACGGGAAAACACUUCACAGACAUUUGGUUAAGGUAAAAUGUUUCCACCUGGCUAUAAAGCAAGUUGUGUUCCUGGGCUGAAGAAACUGCAAGGAGGCUAGUCUCUAGGGAGAGGAAGCUGGGCAUUGCUAUGUGACAUCAUUACCUGGUGCCUAUCACCACCGUUUCCGGGCUGGGCUGGGCUGUGGGCCACAUUUUGCACCAUGGGGUCUUGGCAGCAUUGGCUGUGUUUUGGUGGGGUGUUGCUCUGGGGUGGUGGCGGGGCCUGUGUCCCACUUGUGGGAAGCUGAGUGUUGCUUUGUGGGCGCCAUGUCUGCAGUGCUGUUUCUCUGUAAAUGGCCAGUGCGCCUCACAGCAGCUCCUGCAUUGAGCGUCUGCCCCCUGGUAGUCAGUGCAUGUCAUAGUGACCGGUCAGACAGUGGGACACUUAGCAUAUUAGCCUUUUAUAUAGAUACUAAUUCUUGUAACCUAUAGCCUCUGGAUCACAAGGAACAGAGCAGAGAAGUAGAAAGUAGAAAAAAUGUUUUAUUUGGAUUCACAUUUAAAUAGGCUGUGUAUGUACCCUAUUCGUUUCACUGACAAGAGGCAAAAGACUGGUGAUAUAGUCACAAGCUCUUCUUGAAUUAUUUCUUUUUCUUGGAAUAUUCAAUGCCAAAAAUAAAUUUCCCAGAAUGUAAAUGUUGACUGUGAAGCAUGUAUAAUGUUGUGUUUUUUACUUAAUCUGUAGAAUAUAUUUGUCACUGGAAAUGGGAUUCAGUGUAAAUACACUCGAUUUGGCACAUCUAUUACUGUAUGGAUCAGGGAGGCUGUUCUAUUAGUUAGGAAAUGCCUCAACCCCAUGGGGUCUAGUUUUUCUCUUGUGCCAGGUAACAAUGGUGGCUGUGGAAUUUGAACACUAGGGGAAGUCAGAUCUCUUUGACACUAACUCAUAUGUUCACUCCUUCACUAAUUUACUCACUAAAUGGAAUGUUUAUCAUACACCUACUUGCUAGGCACUAUUAUGAGCAAGUACAAACCCAUCCCUACUAUC